UUUGUUUUAGUUGGCAUUUCUGUUUUUAAAAAAAUUAUUUUAAUUUAUUUAUUUUAUUUAUAAAAUUGAAGAAAAUUAUUAUAUUAUUUUAAUUAUUAAAUAACUAUAUAAAAUAACUAUAUUUAAAUUUAUAUUCUAUUUUAAAAAUAUAAUUAAUAAAGUUAAUUUAUGUGAAUUAUUAUGAAAUAACAGGAGUACCUAACUUAUUUGAAACCUAAAUAGGUUGCUUCAUACCGUCCCCCACUUAUACAACCAACCAACCCACUCAAGCUAAACGCCAUCUUUCAGUACUGUAGCUGAGAAGAGGUAGAAGAAGAAAUUACCACUACAAUAUCAAUUACUUCCCUCUACUGACUCCCCAUCUUCCAUUGGCUCUUCCAAACACAUACAUGAUGGAAAUGGAGUACUCAUGUAGAAGAUCAAAUGGAGUGCAGAUUCCAGUAUUUGGAGAGUGGGACAAGGCAAACGAGAUGCCAAUCACCCAGUAUUUCGAGUCCGCCAGACAAGCUGGGUUGAUACGCGACAGCUGCCAUUCUUCACAAGAACAAAAUCCUCACCUGUAUUUCCAGCAACCUCACUUUUCUGCUUUCCCUCACACAAAGACAAAAGGAGCAAUAGCUAAGAAGAGGUGUCCUGAGCAGAAAUGGACAGGAAAAGUAGAAAAAGUAAGGAAUGAAAGUGGGCCUCAAAGACAGACAAUGAAGUCGGCCCAGCGGCCUACUAAUGCUAAACCUGUGGACGAAGAUCUCUACAAAAUCCCUCCUCAUCUUCUUCCAGGCUAUAAGCGAAAGAGAAUGUUUGGUUUCUUCUCAAGAUGCCUUGCUCCGCCUUGCAAGGCAUAGGUGCGAUUCUUCUCAAGAUGCUUUGCUCCGACUUGCAAGGCAUAGGUGCAACUGCCCAAGGCCAUUGACAUGCGAGAUUUUGAUAAAAACAGCAACAGCAUCUCAACUCCGAUAUUGAGCUAAUCUAGGAGGAAUGUUUUUAUGCUGUGUACCAGUCUUUUGUAUUCCACCCUCUUUUUACUUUUCAGAUUUUUUUAGUGUAAGCUAUGAACUCAAUAUGCAGCAAAGCAUACAGCUAAUGAAAUCUUUUUCUGCA